AUGGGCCUCCUCCGGGUCGCAUGCACUAUCGGCCUUCUGGCGCCCGUCGCUCGGAGCCAAGGACUUCAGGACUGCAGCCUCGAUGCCAGCACUUUUAUUAUGGACACCACUGACCAGGCGACUCUCCUGGCGACCGCUCUCGGGUUUUUGGACGGCGGUCUCAGCGUUUGUUGGGUCGGGGAAGUCAUCGUUGCAGACACAAUCCGUGUCACUAAUGGCAAAUCCCUCAACAUCACGGGCGCCGGACCGGGCGCGGUUGCGGAUGGACAGAACGUCACGCAACUGUUCUACGUGGACGGGGGUUCUAGGCUGCACCUCUCGGGCAUGGCCAUCGCCCACGGCAGCGCCGCCUACGGUGGGGCCAUCUUCGCGUCACGGUCGGAUGUAUCCUUCAGCGGAAAUACGUCGUUCGUCUCCAACUCCGCUUCUAUCUGGGGGGGUGCAAUCUUCGCAGAGGCAUCAACCGUGUCCUGGGAUGGCGACGGCACAAAGUUCAGCUCCAACUCCGCUGUUGAAAGCGGGGGUGCCAUCUUCGCGAUUGACAGUUCGAACGUAUCCUGGGAUGGGGACGACGCCCACUUCAGCUCCAACUCCGCCGGCGAGUGGGGAGGUGCAAUCUUCGUAGAGGCAUCAACCAUGUCCUGGGAUGGCGACGGUACCCAGUUCAGCUCCAACUCCGCCGUCUUCCAAGGAGGUGCAAUCCACGCGCAGUUUGGUUCAACCGUGUCCUGGGAUGGCGACGGCGCCCGCCUUAACUCCAACUCUGCUGGCUCCGGGGGCGCAAUCUUCGCGUUUGAUUCGACCCUGUCCUGGCAGGGCGAUGGCACCCAGUUCAUCUCCAACUCGGCGAUAGACGAUGGAGGCGCCGUCUCCACGUGGUUUUCUUCGGUCGUGUCUUGGAACGGAACGGCCACUUUCGAAAACAACGAGGCAGGGGUGAACGGCGGCGGGCUACAUGCGAACGGGUGCGAUUCAACCUCCGAUUCGGGGGGUGAAGUAGGAGAGGCGGCCGGCGCAACCUUCAUCAAUAAUAGGGCGAAUUUCGGAGGAGCGCUGUACUUGUCGACCUGCGAGAACGCCUUCAACUUCGCGCAGUUCGUUUUUGAAAAUAACUCGGCUCUUGACGGAGGAGCGGUCGCCGUGUACCAGAGCGGAAGCGAGACGUUUGGCCUCCCUGUGGUGUUCUUCGAGUGCACUUUCUUGGACAACGUGGCGAGCGGAAAUGGAGGAGCUGUUGAGACCUUGGCUGGACAGCAACAGUUUAUUUCGUGCGAUUUCGAGGGCAACUCAGCAGAUGUCGGCGGAGCCAUGAGACUCGGCGGUUCGGCAGUCGUUCGCGAGUGCUCCUUCCUGUCCAACCGCGCUAGCACCCGUGGCCUCGCUGUGGCUGUCGUUGGGUGGUUCACAAAUAUAACCGGCUCGUCGUUCGACGGAAACGAUUUGACCUGUGCGGUUGGCUCGUAUCGAAACGACACGGAAGAGGAAGGGGCCACUGCGCGCUUUGGGACGGUGUGCUUCGACUGUCCUCCCUGGGACGACAGCGCCGGGAAUGAUAUCACGAGGGGUACCGUCACGCCGGAAUGUGCGGCGCCAUUGGAACACAGUUCCGCCGAUGCGGUUGGCGCCACCUUGGAAACGCUCAGUAUCGACAAAGGCUACUGGCGCGCAACCAACGAAAGCGACAGGAUCCUGGCAUGCUACAACGCGGAUGCUUGCAGCGGGGGACAAACAGGGUCGGAAAGCUUCUGUGCCUCCGGGUACAUGGGACCAUACUGCGCCGUGUGCGAACCCCGGCAUUCUUCAUCGCUCGCUCACAACUGCACGCGUUGCUCGGGCUCGAGGCGCCAGGGACUCCUGGCCGCCACUGUCAUCGCCGCGAUUGCCGCAGUCUUGGCGAUUGCGGCAGUCUCCCGAUACCUGUUGUCGACGGAGCAUGAUGAAGAAGGGAACGCAGAGUGGUUCCAUCGGAGGGUAGUCCGGGCCGUUCCUUUCCAGGCGCUGAAGAUCAUCGUCGUCGUGUGGCAGAUCUUAACCCAGCACCGUCCGAAGCAGAAGGCCCUGGAAAUUGUGUCGGGGACCUACUCGUCCCAACCCAACCAAACCUACAUAUUUCGUGCCACCUCCCUGAUCCCCGCGCAGUUUGCUGACGCGGCCAACGUCAGCUACCCUGGCGUGUACCAAGACUUUCUGAGCGCUAUCGAUGUGAUCAACUUCGACCUCGGCUCCUUGCUCGCGGCCGGGUGCGUGUGGUCCGAGAUCGACUUUCACCACCGGCUGCUCGUCAGCACGCUGGGGCCGUUGAUUGUUGUUGCAUUCCUGGCGAUGACAUACCGGAUCGCGAUGCAUAGGAGCAGCAGCAGAGCCGACCACCACUCUGCGGCAGAGAAGAUCCGCCACAAACAUCAGGCGGCCCUCCUGCUCCUCACGUUCCUGGUGUACUCGUCGGUGUCGUCAACGGUGUUCCAAACCUUCGCCUGCGAAACGCUCGACGACGGCGUCGAGUAUCUCCGGGCGGACUACCGCAUUAACUGCAAGGAUGCCGCCCACGAGGCGUUUGAGGUGUUUGCAGGGUUCAUGAUCUUUGUCUACCCCGUAGGGAUCCCCCUGCUGUACGCUGUCCUGUUGUUCCAACGUCGCGACGUACUGGCCGAUGCUGGCGAUGAUGACAAGGCGACGGCUAAGUCGAUUUCCGGCCUGUGGGAGCCGUACAGGCCGGAGCGGUUCUACUACGAGGUUGUCGAGUGCGGGCGUCGUGUCAUGCUGACAGGCGUGGUCGUUUUCAUAUUUCCGAACGAUGCUGCCCAGAUCGCGAUAACUCUGCUGAGCGCCUUCUGUUUCUUCGCGAUUUUUGAGAUGGUGUCGCCGUACAAGUCCGAUUCCGACAUGUGGCUUUCGCGUGGGGGUCACGUGAUAGUUUUCUUCAGCAUGUUCGACUUGUUGCUGCGCAAGGUGGAUGUGUCUGACGAGAGAGAAGAGAGCCAGGCUGUAUUUGCUGGAGUGUUGGUGGCGGGUCACGUGCUGAUGGUUCUCGCCAUCGUUGUCGAGGUGGUUGGCAUCUGCUACGGGUCCAGGGGGGAGCGAGUUGCCAAAGGUACGGCGGUGUUGUCCGAGAGGCCGCGCGCAGGAUCAGAUGAUGGUGUGACUGGAUUUGAAAGCGUUCCUGCAUCGUGGACGUCGUCCUUUAGGCGACAAGGGUCGGUGUCAGAAAAGCCCGGACCGAACAGAAUCGUCGCUGGGGAGGUAGUCACGGUGGAAAGGCCGUAG